CUACAUCAUCCAAUUGGGCCAUCCCAUCAUGUCCCGCACAGCACUUUUCGUAAUCGACAUCCAGCGCGCCCUCGCAGACAGUCCUGGGACCGAGAUUUCUCAUGCCAGACGCAUUCGAGAUGCCGGAGCUUCGAUUCUAGACAAAGUGCGUGCGAAUAUCGACGAGGCGCAAAGUCGAGGCGAAGCGCCUGGGCUGGAAAUCAUUGUUGUGCAGCAUGAAGAGACCCGCGACAAAGGAAAUCUACAGCUCGGAACGCGAGCAUGGCAACUCGUCUUCCCACCCCACCCCUCACCCCACGAAACCCUUGUUUCCAAGAACAUUCGAGACACGUUUGAAUCUAACCCAGGGCUCGCGGACGAACUGAGGGCACGCAAUGUCGGCACGAUCGUGGCGUUCGGCAUCCAGAGCGAGUGCUGCGUGCUAUCUACCUGUAAAGGCGCACUGGCUGCGGAUUUCAGAGUCGUGCUGUUGAAGGGAGCGCAUUCGACGUAUGAUGCGGAGGGAAAGACGGCAGAAGAGAUCGAGAGGGAGGUGGAGGAGGAAUUGCGUAACGAGGGAGCAGAAGUGGUCGACUGGAACAAGUGGAGUAAAGGUUGGGACUGA